UCCAGCCAGCCUUGACCGCCGCGGCUCAGUCCGCCCUCCGCGUCCGCGCCGCCAGCAUGACCGACGCGCUGCUGCCCGCGACCCCCCAGCCGCUGGAGAAGGAGAACGAUGGCUACUUUCGGAAGGGCUGUAAUCCCCUUGCACAAACUGGCCGGAGUAAAUUGCAGAACCAAAGAGCUGCUUUGAAUCAGCAGAUCCUGAAAGCCGUGCGGAUGAGGACAGGAGCGGAAAACCUUCUGAAAGUGGCCACAAACCCGAAGGUGCGGGAGCAAGCGCGGCUGGAGCUGAGCUUCGUCAACUCAGACCUGCAAAUCCUCAAGGAAGAGCUGGAGGGGCUGAACAUCUCAUUGGGGGUCUAUCAGAAUACAGAGGAGGCAUUUACGAUUCCCCUGAUUCCUCUUGGACUGAAGGAAACAAAAGACAUCGACUUUUCAGUCAUCCUCAAGGUAAAUCUCAAAGCACCCAAUUCAGUGUUUAAAAUGGAAAUAGGCCAUUUGUGGUGGUACAUGCCUGUAGUCCCAGUUACUUGGGAGGCUGAGGCGAGAGGAUUGCUUGAGCCCAUCCGCAAGUCACAUGGGUGCUGGCUUCCGUCCACAGGGAAGUCCCAUCUGCGCAGAGCCCUGACGCAUCAUGAGGAGUCGGUGCGGGAGGCCAGCCUGUGCAAGAAGCUGCGGAGCAUCGAGGUGCUCCAGAAAGUGCUGUCCGCGGCACAGGAACGCUCUCGGCUCACGCACACCCAGCACCGGGAGGACGAUGACCUGCUGAACCUGAUCGAUGCCCCUGAUGUUGUGGCUAAAACUGAGCAAGAGGUUGAAAUUAUAUUGCCCCAGUUCUCCAAGCUGAUAGUCACGGACUUCUUCCAAAAGCUGGGCCCCUUAUCUGUGUUUUCGGCUAAUAAGCGGUGGACGCCUCCUCGAAGCAUCCGCUUCACUGCAGAAGAAGGGGACUUGGGGUUCACCUUGAGAGGGAACGCCCCCGUUCAGGUUCACUUCCUGGAUCCUUACUGCUCUGCUGCGGUGGCAGGAGCCCGGGAAGGAGAUUAUAUUGUCUCCAUUCAACUUGUGGAUUGCAAGUGGCUGACGGUGAGCGAGGUUAUGAAGCUGCUGAAGAGCUUUGGUGAGAAUGAGAUUCAGAUGGAAGUCGUGAGCCUCCUGGACUCCACAUCGUCCAUGCAUAAUAAGUGCGCCACGUAUUCCGUGGGAAUGCAGAAAACGUACUCCAUGAUCUGCUUAGCCAUUGAGGAUGACGACAAAACUGAUAAAACCAAGAAAAUCUCCAAGAAGCUUUCCUUCCUGAGCUGGGGCACCAAUAAGAACAGACAGAAGUCAGCCAGCACCCUGUGCCUCCCGUCGGUCGGGGUUGCCCGGCCUCAGAUCAAGAAGAAGCUGCCCUCCCCCUUCAGCCUUCUCAACUCAGACAGUUCUUUGUACUAACGUGAGGAAACAAACACGUUCGGGCCCCGAACAUUUCUGGUGCUGACUCAGCCUUAAACGUUUGUGCCAUAAUGGAAAAUAUCUCUCUGUUCGCAAAUCCUGUUUUACUCAUAGUAUAAACUCUCAUUCGAUGUGUUUUUAUGAAGGAAAGUUACAAGAAACCUCUAGGAAUUUGUGAAAAAAGAACUUUUUUGAGACAUGUCACUAUACUGCUGCAAGUUAUUUAUUAUAUAUUGUAAAUAGUCUAGUGUCGAAGAUAUGAAAUAUGGCUAUUUUUAAUGGUGACAGUUAUGACUUUUGUCACUAUUAGAGUUAAAUUGGGGUUACCUAUA